AUGAGUAUUCCAGUUGGUUUGAGUGCCCUGUGCUUACCAUCCCCCUUCACAGGGCUUGGCUUUCCCCACCAUCCUUCAGGAUGGGGCUUGCAACUGGUUUCAAGCUCAUUCUACUUUCAUCUGGGUCCACGCUGCUGCAGCGUGUCAGUAUGCAGAGCCUCUGUCCUCAGACAUGAACUUGUUCUGUUGUCAAAUGCAGGUCGAGAUGCAGCUCGAGCCUUUGUGAGUGGAGAUUUCACAGAGAGUGGUCUUGUGGAGGAUGUGUCUGGACUCUCGCCCUCUGAAAUACUUGCUCUCCAUGAAUGGCUUGAUUUCUACAAGAAAGAGUACAUUUUUAAGGGUAAAUUAAUUGGAAUGUAUUAUGACCACAACGGUGAACCCAACCAAGCACUGUCUGAUGUGGAGUUGGCUGUGAUGCAGGGCAGAAAGCUGAAAGCAGAAUCCGAGUUAGAAAACAAUCUCUUUCCUCCCUGCAAUUCUGAAUGGAGCUCAGCCAAAGGAGGCAGAGUCUGGUGUUCAUCUCACAGUGGAGGAGUAAAAAGGAGUUGGGCUGGAGUCCCACGGAAACUAUACAAACCUGGAUCAAAGAGCCAUCGCUGUGUUUGUGUGCGGCCAACUGGGCCCCCAUCUAACCAGCCCAAUUCUGCCCAAAACAGGGGAGAUCUCGACAAUCCCAGUCUCCAGGAAUAUGCAGGAUGCCACAGCCUCUCUGACGCGUGUGCCCUUCCAGACACUUAACUAAACAGCCUGACAGAUCACAGGCGCCAUUUCAGAGGCUGAACAUCAUCAGGAUAUGUGACAUCUCAUUGCUUCAGCAUGGUCUAAAAUACAGUGACUGCUUUAUUUUUGUUUGCAUGAAUAAAUGAAUAUUUUAACAGGA